GCGGGGCGGGGCGGGCCUGGUCUGCCGGUGGCAGGGGUGUGAGGUGGGAGCAGGGCCGGGCUGCCGGUAGUUGCCUUCCGCCCUGCGCCCGCCCGCUAUGAACUCACUGGAGCAGGCGGAGGAUCUCAAAGCUUUUGAAAGAAGGCUAACUGAAUAUAUUGCGUGUUUGCAACCAGCUACAGGACGUUGGAGAAUGAUUCUGAUAGUGGUAUCAGUCUGCACAGCAACCGGUGCUUGGAACUGGUUAAUAGACCCAGAGACACAAAAGGUGUCGUUUUUCACAUCACUUUGGAAUCACCCGUUUUUCACAAUUAGCUGUAUUACUCUAAUAGGCUUGUUCUUUGCUGGAAUACAUAAAAGAGUGGUGGCACCAUCAAUUAUAGCAGCUCGAUGUCGAACUGUUUUGGCAGAAUAUAACAUGUCCUGUGAUGAUACUGGAAAACUAAUUUUGAAACCUAGGCCUCAUGUUCAAUAAGGGCUGUCUUCCUUCAGUUUUUUCCACUGCCAUGGAAACCAAAAAUGACCUUUUUUUUUUUUUUAAGGUAGUAUGACAGCAAAAAAAAAACCCCACCACCAAACAGGACUGGUUGUCACUGCCUAGUAAUGAAAGUCUUAUACAGUUGACAGUGAAAGUGUGCAAUAUUACUUUCUUGACUAUUUAUCCAAAUUCUUUGUUAUCAUAUCAGUGCUUUUGCUACUUCUGAUUACCUCUUUUCAGUAUUAAUGUCACUUUUUUACUUCAGCUAGAAGAGAACAUCCAGGCAAAGUAUGUGAAUUGGUUAUGGAGUUGAACUUGAAAACCAAACCUCAUUUGUGUUGUGUAUUUGUAAGCUGUUGUACAUAGCAGAGUAACACCAGUGUUCAGGACAAAAAUAAUUGCUGUUUGAAUUUUGUUGUCUCAUGAACAGUAUUGAAAAGAACACAUGCCAUUCCUGGGAUGUUUUAUUAGCACACUUACUCAUUACAGCUGUCCUCAUCUGGUCGCUGUUUCUGGAACUGGUUAAGAGGCUUGCAGAAAUACUGUCUGUGCUGGAGAGAACUGGUCUUAAUAUUUAAGAACUAUGUUGAGGAUCGCGUUUGUCAAAUUGCGUGUGUAUAUAUGUACAGUGCACCAGCCACUUUCCUCGUGCUCACCUGUAGCUCAAUGAUCUGGUUCACAGCACUGCUAUUUUAAGAAGACUUUAAUCUUUUAAAUAUUGUCUUAAAUAUGCUUGCAUCUUCCUGAUUGUAAGACUGUACUGUAUCUUGAUUCACAAGACCACACUGAGUGGAUUUUAGGCUGUGAUUAGUCUGAAUAUGAAACUAGGAUUGCAAAUGUGUAACUUCAGAUUUGUUGAAGAAAACAAACAGUGCCACAAUACAAUAACAACGUGUUAUUCCAAGUGUUAAAAGCAGGGUGUGGAUGUUACCUGCGUAACUUUCUGGAUAGCUCAACCGGCAAGGAAUUUUAAGAGCUGAAGUUGUUUCAGGUGCCUUUUAAAUUCCCAAGCUCUCAGUUGACUAAAACUGCACAGCUGCUGCAGCUUCUGUAGACCUACCUGCGGGCUGGGCUGGUUGAGGCAGCCUAUGGACAGACUGACCGUUAGGGCAUCGACAUCGGUCCUCUGCGAUCCUUCCAGCAGUUCUUCCGCCCGUCCAUCGUUUUUAACCGUUGUAUAUUUUGUAGGUAAUGUGUAUAAAAUAAACGCUUUGUAUAAACGGA